AAAUUGCAAUUUCUCAGAUUCCGGCGAAUCAAAAAAACCCUAGAAAAAUUGUUUCUCCGUUUUUUCAAUCAUCCAUGAGUCCUGACAAUAAACUGCUUCCGAAGCGGAUCAUCCUCGUACGUCACGGUGAAUCGGAAGGGAAUCUCGACACGACGGCGUACACAACGACGCCGGAUCAUAAGAUCCAGUUAACGGAUUCCGGUUUGCUUCAGGCGCAGGAAGCCGGAGCUCGUCUUCACGCUUUGAUCUCUUCAAAUCCUUCUUCACCGGAGUGGCGUGUGUACUUCUACGUUUCGCCGUACGAUCGGACGAGAUCUACUCUCCGGGAGAUCGGACGGUCGUUCUCGCGUCGCCGUGUGAUUGGUGUUCGCGAAGAAUGUCGAAUUAGGGAACAGGAUUUUGGGAAUUUUCAGGUUAAAGAGCGAAUGAGAGCAACGAAGAAGGUGAGAGAGAGGUUUGGCCGCUUUUUUUACCGGUUCCCGGAGGGAGAAUCCGCCGCCGACGUCUUCGAUCGCGUCUCCAGUUUUCUCGAGUCUCUAUGGAGAGACAUCGACAUGAACAGACUACACAUCAACCCGUCUCAUGAGCUAAACUUUGUGAUUGUCUCACACGGCUUAACAUCGCGUGUCUUUCUGAUGAAAUGGUUCAAGUGGACUGUGGAACAGUUUGAAGGACUAAACAAUCCAGGGAACAGUGAGAUCAGAGUAAUGGAAUUAGGACAAGGCGGUGAUUACAGCUUGGCGAUUCAUCACACAGAGGAAGAGUUAGCCACAUGGGGACUGUCACCAGAGAUGAUUGCAGAUCAAAAGUGGCGGGUUAACGCGCAUAAAGGCGAAUGGAAAGAAGAUUGUAAGUGGUAUUUUGGUGAUUUCUUCGAUCAUAUGGCAGAUUCGGAUAGAGAGUGUGAGACUGAGGCCAAUGAAGAAAAAGAAGAAGAAGAAGAAGAAGAAGAGGGAAAAAGGGUAAAUCUGCUAACGAGUUCAGAAUAUAGCAAUGAGCCAGAGUUAUACAAUGGAAAAUGCUGCUGAUAAUUUUUUACAGAACAAAAGCAUACAUGAGAAGAAAAGUUUAACUAAAGAAUUCAGAAAAUUUGAUUUUGAUAAUAACUUGUACCAUUUACUGAUGAAGCUUUGUUGUACACAUCGUUAUAACACCAGAAACAUUACAGGAAAUUUGAAAGAUUCAUUUUAUUGUGCCAAAGCAUUUAUCUUUGUGAAAGAAAGUUAGAAAAAUGUA